CAGCUCUUUCCUACUCUACCCCUUCCUUGCAGUGGACCAUUUAUAUAAUGGGAUUGUACAAAGCAGAAGAAGAGAAGAAGACGGAAGGUUGAGAACCCAUCUCUUCUUCAAGAGCACAUUCAGAGCUGAUCAUGUGGUUCAAGGGAUUUGGCCUUGGGCUCUUCAUAGUCCUGGCUGCUGUCCUGAUGCUGGGCACCUUCGCUGCUGACUAUCCAACCUUCCUGGAACAUCACUUCGAUGACCCCAAGAGCAACGUGGGAGAUCAUUACUGUAAUAAAAUGAUGCAAAGACGCGGAAUGACCAAACCCAAAUGCAAGGAGGUCAACACCUUCAUCCAUGACACAAAGAACAACAUCAUAGCUGUGUGCGGGGAUGGCGGAGAAGCCAUUGACAACAGAUUGCAGCGUAGCAAGAAGCAAUUCCGGGUUACCACCUGCAAGAUGAAGGGGUCUUCUAUGAAGCCUCCUUGUGAUUACAGAGAAAACACGUCACCCAGAUAUAUUGUCAUUGCUUGUGAGAACGGAUUGCCUGUGCACUACGAGGAAGGUCACAUUUAAUCUGAAGAUGAUAUGAAUUGAUCGGAUGGAGUUUCCCUCAA